AUGGGCGCUGCGCCCUCCACCAGCCGGAAGAAGGUCACCAUCAGCACCCUGCGGUCCAUGUACCGCAAGCGGGAGCCCAUCACCAUGAUCACCGCGCACGACUUCCCCAGCGCCCACGUCGCUGACCAUGCCGGUAUAGAUGUGGUGCUUGUCGGUGACAGCUUGGCCAUGGUUGCCCUUGGCAUGGAGGAUACGAGCGAGGUCCUUGUCGAGGAGAUGCUUCUUCACUGCCGAUCAGUCAGCCGAGCCACCAAGUCCGCUUUCACAGUUGGCGACUUGCCUAUGGGUAGCUAUGAACUCAACCCUGAACAAGCUCUCGCAACAGCCAUCCGCUUCGUCAAGGAAGGUCGCGUGCAGAGCAUCAAGCUAGAGGGUGGCAAGGAGAUGGCCCCAUCAAUCAAGAAGAUCACCACUGCCGGCAUCCCUGUCUUGGGCCAUGUUGGCCUGACACCGCAGCGCCAAAAUGCUCUAGGUGGCUUCCGUGUCCAGGGCAAGACCAAGGAGGGCGCCUUGCGCGUGCUAGAAGAUGCCCUUGCCGUUCAGGAGGCUGGUUGCUAUGCCGUUGUCGUAGAGGCAGUCCCCGAAGAUGUUGCCGCUUUGAUCACAGAGAAGCUCUCCAUCCCUACCAUAGGCAUUGGCGCUGGCGCUGGCUGCUCGGGCCAGGUUCUCGUGCAGAUGGAUAUGCUGGGCAACUUCCCUCCUGGGAGGUUUCUCCCCAAGUUUGUGAAGCAGUAUGCCAACGUCUGGGGCGAGGCAAUCAAGGGUAUUGAAACGUAUCGCGAUGAGGUCAAGAGUGGCCAGUAUCCCGCCCCGGAACACACAUAUCCUGCGCCAAAGGAGGAGGUCGAGGCGUUCCGCGCCGCCGUCAAGAAUCUCUAG